GGUAUUUGACGGCCGAUUUUUAAAAUUAACAUGUCAUCACAUUUCCUUUUAAGCUAUGAAGUCGUUUACCCAUGGUUAGGUCAGCUAACAAAAUUCGCCCCCACAAAUUCCUCCAACAGUUUUCUUAGUUGGAAAUUUAAUCUCACUGCUUUCGUACCAAUUUAGGUACAUUUUUGCUACGAUUUUUCCCAAAUUCAUACUCUUUGUUUUCGUCGCAUCAGCAACCAUCAUCAGCGAAACAUGGUAGAGUUUGUUGUGAAAGUUUAUGCACCAUUCUGGUUUCUUGUAAAGAGCCAGCCACAAGCAAUUCAUGGAAGUAGACACGUUUUUAAGUAUAUUUGCUGGAUACGCGAACUAUCAAAUGCUGUUCAAGCCAUUAUACGUUCAGCUAUAGAAAAUAAUGCAUAUUAUUUUCACCCAGAAAAUAUAUUAUUAGCCAUGAUAACCGACGCUGAUCCAGAGAUACGUAAUGAUGGGUACGAAAAAAUCAAAACAGCACGUCAAUAUCCACCAGCAGGGCUUCGCGUGUUCAAGGUCCCAAAGCGUGGCGUAAUAAACUUUGAAAGUAAGUCGUAUGUCAGCAUGAUCGAUUGGAGUCAGUUUAAGAUUACGGAACCCCCUUGUGUGCAGUUCUACCCAGAUAGUGAACUUACAAUGUUUCAAUUUUCGGAAAAUGAAGUGAUAAAUAUCCCAGAGUUCCUCUGUCAUUCCCAGAAUACCGAACGGUUUGUGCGUGUUGUUAGUGAGUCUGCAAGUGCUGUCACUGAUGAAAAGCGCCUGGGCCACAUUUUUGCAAAAUUAGAAAGCCGAGACCAAUAUAAAAGCCUUGAUUCGCGCCAAAAUUUGCUUAAGUAGCAAUAAAUAUUGUAAGUGAAAUAACUUUUUUGUUGAUUAUUUUAGUAAUAUAGUUUGAAGGCAACAUUUUCUUGAAUUUUUAAGUA